AUGAAGGAAAGGUUGGCAUAUCGUUCUCAAUUCCAACCAGCACCACGACGAAAGGACGACGGAGACUUUUAUGCUCUCCCGGGUUCUACAGCACGGCGCAGGUCGCCAUAUCGUACCAGCUCGCGCACGACUAAAUACAUCAUCCGCCAGCUUCUACGACUGUCCAUCGCCAUAAUGCUUCCAAGUGGGGAUGAUAUCCCAACGGUCGCUCUGGGCACUUGGAAAGCCUCUAGCGAAGAUGUCGGCGCCGCUGUAAAGGCCGCGUUGGAAGCAGGGUAUCGUCAUAUUGAUGGAGCUUGGGUCUACGGGAACGAGGCUGCAAUCGGCCAGGCGCUCAAGGAAGUCGAGCACCACGUCCCACGAGAGUCAUUGUUCAUCACUUCGAAACUUUGGAAUACGUUCCACAAUCCAGAUGAUGUCGAGGCGACCUUGGACGAGACGCUGGCCCAUCUUCAGACAAACUAUCUGGAUCUCUAUCUCAUGCAUUGGCCCAUUGCACAGACAGCCGACUUCAAAGUGGAUUGGGAAUUGACCGAGAACCCGAUCAGGACCUGGAAAAAGAUGGAGGAGAUGGUUCGGAAGGGAAAGGUUAGGAACAUUGGCGUCAGCAAUUUCAACAUUCGCCGACUCCAAAACCUGACCGCUUCUGAUAUCACCAUCCGACCCGCCGUCAACCAAGUCGAGCUCAGUUACUGGAACCCUCAACCGGAGCUAGUCUCCUGGUCAAAAGAUAAUGGAAUCCUCCUCGAAGCCUAUUCACCCUUGGGCAGCGACGUCUUGGUCGGCAAAACCCUGCGGCUUCCCCCGGUGCGCAAGAUUGCGAAGAAGCUCAAGAUUACGCCGGCUCAAGUGAUCAUGUCCUGGCAUGUUCAACGAGGCACCGUCGUGUUGCCCAAGAGUGUGGACGGUGGCCGCAUAUCCGAAAACUAUCAAAUCUUUAGGCUUCCAGCGGAUCUCUUCAACGAGCUGGAGGCCGCCGCGACUGCUCAUCGACCGCACCGGAUCAACGACCCGAGCUCUCACUGGGGUAUUGAUAUAUUUGAGGAUGACAAGGAGGACGACUUCCACUAA